UCCUUCAGAUGAAAUUAAAAGCAGGAAACCAAAGCUUUCCAUUAAAAGAAAUCGGGAAGCAAUCUCUUCUGCUUUCUCAGUGACCGAAUGAGGAAGCUGAGGUUGAGAAACAGUGAAGACUGUGUCCAGGUCCCAGCCUCGACACCAUGGGCUCUGGUCACACAGGAGUCCUGGUGACCUUGUGUAGCCUUGUUUUCUGUGUACCACAUCUGAUUGUGUUAAUGGUUUCCUUACUUUUAUCUCCACAGAGGAACUUUUCUUCCAUGGCUCAGGACAUACUCCUGGAUCAAGCUAAGAGAACUUUCUGGUAAACAUUUGGCUUACUCAGUUCUUACUAAGUCAGAGAUGAUGAUUCACAGAGUCAAGUGGUAUUUCUUUUCCCUUGAGUUUUCUGAGUUAAGAAACUUAAAAACCUGUACCAAUCUGUGGGGUACCCUUAGAUGUUUCAAUAUUAGCAUCUAAUUUUCUGGAUUUCUGAUAACGUCGUUUUCUGGAAGUGGAGACUUUUAAUACGGGUCUUUACUCCCGUGGGGUCUUCACUCCUGCUCUGCCAGUGUGGACCUAAGCCCAAAGACCCUCGGAAGGGCUGCUGAUGAAGAUGACAAGUGUCCGCUGCAAGCUGGCCCAGUAUCUAGAGGACCUUGAAGAUGUGGACCUCAAGAAAUUCAAAAUGCAUUUGGAAGAUUACCGGCCUGAGAAAGGCUGCAUCCCAAUCCCCAGGGGCCAGAUGGAGAAGGCAGAUCACUUGGAUCUAGCCACACUCAUGAUUGACUUCAAUGGAGAGGAGAAGGCAUGGGCCAUGGCUGUGUGGAUCUUCGCAGCGAUCAACAGGCGGGACCUCUGUGAAAAAGCUAAGAAGGAGCAGCCAGAGUGGAAUGACACAUUUGUGCCUAAUCUCUCUGUGGUAUGUCAGGAAGACAGCGUUGAAGAGGAGUGGACAGGCUUGCUGGGAUAUCUCUCGCGCAUCUCGAUUUGCAAAAAAAAGAAAGAUUACUGUAAGAUGUACAGAAGACACGUGAAGAGCAGGUUCUGCUCUAUCAAAGACAGGAAUGCACGUCUGGGUGAGAGUGUGGACCUCAGCAGACGCUACACUCAGCUCCAACUGGUCAAGGAGCAUCCAAGCAAGCAGGAGAGGGAGCACGAACUCCUGACCAUCGGCAGGACUAAAAUGUGGGACAGACCCAUGAGUUCUCUUAAGCUGGAGUUGCUGUUUGAGCCUGAGGAUGAACACUCGGAGCCUGUGCACACAGUGGUGUUCCAGGGAGCAGCAGGCAUCGGGAAAACAAUCCUAGCCAGGAAGAUUAUGUUGGACUGGGCCUUGGGGAAGCUCUUCAAAGACAAAUUUGAUUAUUUGUUCUUUAUCCACUGUCGAGAGGUGAGCCUCGGGACACCCAGGAGUCUAGCCGACCUGAUUGUCAGCUGCUGGCCUGACCCUGACCCACCCGUGUGCAAGAUCCUGCGUAAGCCCUCCAGGAUCCUCUUCCUCAUGGAUGGCUUUGAUGAGUUGCAAGGGGCCUUUGAUGAGCACAUUGGGGAGGUCUGCACAGACUGGCAGAAGGCCGUGCGGGGAGACAUUUUGUUAAGCAGCCUCAUCCGAAAGAAACUGCUGCCCAAGGCCUCUCUGCUGAUUACCACGAGGCCCGUAGCCUUGGAGAAGCUGCAGCAUCUCCUGGACCGCCCCCGCCACGUGGAGAUUCUAGGUUUCUCUGAGGCCAAAAGGAAGGAGUACUUCUUUAAGUAUUUCUCCAACGAGCUGCAGGCCAGGGAGGCCUUCAGGCUCAUCCAAGAGAACGAGAUCCUCUUUACCAUGUGCUUCAUUCCCCUGGUCUGCUGGAUCGUGUGCACGGGUCUGAAGCAGCAGAUGGAGACCGGGAAGAGCCUGGCCCAGACCUCCAAAACCACUACCGCCGUCUAUGUCUUCUUCCUUUCCAGCCUGCUGCAAUCCCGGGGCGGCAUCGAGGAGCAUCUCUUCUCUGUCUACCUACAGGGCCUCUGUUCACUGGCUGCGGAUGGAAUCUGGAACCAGAAAAUUCUAUUCGAGGAGUGUGAUCUGCGGAAACACGGCCUGCAGAAGACCGACGUCUCCGCUUUCCUGAGGAUGAACGUGUUCCAGAAGGAAGUGGACUGCGAGAGAUUCUACAGCUUCAGCCACAUGACUUUCCAGGAGUUCUUCGCUGCUAUGUACUAUUUGCUGGAAGAGGAGGAAGAGGGGGUGAGCGUGAGGAAGGGGUCCGCGGGUUGUUCAGAUCUUCUGAACCGAGACGUGAAGGUCCUCCUAGAAAAUUACGGCAAGUUUGAGAAAGGCUAUCUGAUUUUUGUUGUCCGUUUCCUCUUUGGCCUUGUAAACCAGGAGAGAACCUCCUAUUUGGAGAAGAAACUAAGUUGCAAGAUCUCUCAGCAAGUCAGACUAGAGCUGUUGAAGUGGAUUGAAGUGAAAGCCAAGACCAAGAAUCUGCAGAGGCAGCCCAGCCAGCUGGAACUGUUCUACUGCCUGUACGAGAUGCAGGAGGAAGACUUUGUGCAGAGCGCCAUGGACUACUUUCCCAAAAUUGAGAUCAACCUCUCUACCAGAAUGGACCACGUGGUUUCUUCCUUUUGUAUUAAGAACUGUCAUAGGGUAAAAACACUUUCCUUGGGGUUUCUCCACAACUCAUCCAAGGAGGAAGAAGAGAAAACAGGAAGUCAGUCCUUGGACCAGGUCCAGUGUGAUUCUCCAGACCCGCAUGUUGCCUGUUCUUCCAGACUGGUGAACUGCUGCUUCACUUCCAGCUUCUGUCGAGGUCUCUUCUCAAGUCUAAGCACCAACCGGAGCCUCACUGAACUGGACCUCAGUGACAAUACUCUGGGGGAUCCGGGCAUGAGGGUGCUCUGCGAGGCACUCCAGCACCCAGGCUGUAACAUUCAGAGACUGUGGUUGGGGCGCUGCGGACUGUCCCAUCAAUGCUGCUUGGACAUCUCCUCUGUCCUGAGCAGCAGCCAGAAACUGGUGGAGCUGGACCUCAGUGACAAUGCCCUGGGGGACUUUGGAGUCAGACUGCUGUGUGUGGGACUGAAGCAUCUGCUCUGCAACCUACAGAAGCUCUGGUUGGUCAGCUGCUGUCUCACAUCUGCGUGUUGUCAGGAUCUCGCAUUGGUUCUGAGCUCCAACCAUUCUCUGACCAGACUGUACAUUGGAGAAAAUGCCUUGGGAGACUCAGGAGUUCAAGUUUUGUGUGAAAAGAUGAAGGACCCACAAUGUAACUUGCAGAAGCUGGGGUUGGUGAAUUCUGGCCUUACUUCAAUUUGUUGUUCAGCUCUGACCUCUGUGCUCAAAACCAACCAGCACCUCACACACCUCUACCUACGAAGCAAUGCUCUUGGAGACACGGGACUCAAGCUCCUCUGUGAGGGACUUCUGCACCCCGACUGUAAGCUACAGAUGCUGGAACUAGACAACUGCAGCCUCACCUCACACUGCUGCUGGAGUCUCUCCACAAUUCUGACACAUAACCAGAGCCUUCGGAAGCUGAACCUGGGCAACAACAACCUGGGUGAUCUGUGUGUGGUGACCCUUUGUGAGGUCCUGAAACAGCAGGGCUGCCUCCUGCAGAGCCUACAGUUGGGUGAAAUGUAUUUAAAUUAUGAAACAAAACGUGCCUUAGAAGCGCUCCAGGAAGAAAACCCUGAGCUGACUAUUGUCUUUGAGAUUUCUUGGUAGGCAUGGAAGCAGGACUGUUAGGUGCCGCAAAGUCCUGCCGCAAGCCUCAGUGAAUACUGUUCUUCAGGGCUACCAAGCCCUCCUUCACCAUCAGGACCACAGCCAGGGCCCUGCUGGUAUAGAGUCUGGAGCAAGGGCUUGUGUGGGACCAAACAUGUUUUCUCACAUCAAUAGUGUGAAACUGCCGGAGGAUGCCCUUCCCGUCCUCUCCUCAGUUGCAAGGUGUUCCCUCUUGGUGACUUCAUGAAACCAGAUUCUAGAAAACACAUUUCUGUCCUUUCUCUCCUCCUCCUCUGCUGGUUUUUAAUCUGUCUUCCUCCUCCUCGUCGUCGUCCUCCUCUUCCUCCUUCUCCUCCUUCUCUACCUCCUCCUUCUCCUCCUCCUCCUCCUCGUCCUCCUCUUCCUCCUUCUCCUCCUUUUCUACCUCCUCCUUCUCCUCUUCCUCCUCCUCCUUCUCCUCCUCUUCUUCUUCCUUCUCCUCCUCCUCUUCUUCCUUUUCCUCCUCCUCCUUCUCUUCCUCCUCCUCCUUCUCCUUCUCCUCCUCCUCCUUCUCCUCCUCCUCCUCUUCCUCCUUCUCUUCCUCCUCCUCCUCUUCCUUCUCCUCCUCUUUUCCCCCAUCUCCCUCUCUCCCCCUCCCCCUCUCUCUGUCUGUCUCUGGUUUCUUGACAUUUGCUCGUACAUCAGUGCUGUCUUCCUGUUAACUGACCACACCACACAAGGAGCUGCCUGCGGGCUAGAUGACAGGCUUGCGGCAGUCUCUCAGCUACGUAAUUGUUUUUAUUUUUUUAAUAGCUAUGAUUUCUGUUUAGCUACCUGAAAACCCAAGAUUUAUAGUUAAAAAAAAACCCAUCUUUGUAUUUAUUGUAUGUUUGUACUGCAUUCUUAAUUUAAGGAUGUAUCUAGAAUUCUUUUAAGUUAUUUAUUCAAACUACUAAAAAUAAAUCAGUUUACACAUUUAAAAUA